GCAGACCAACUGUCCUCACACAUGUUUUGAUGAUGUCACAUAAAACUGCUCACUGGUUUUUCUUUCUUUUAACGGCUGUUGUAGAUGGUGAGCAGUUCGGGUACUCCCGAUAAGCUAGACUAACGAUGUGCUUGUAGAUAAACAUCCGAGUAACAGUAAGCAGGACGGGAAGUCCCGAUAAGGUAGACUUGACCUUAACAUCCGGGUCAUCAGUCACUCGUGACUGGAUGUGAGUGUUUACACAGGGAAGGAACAGCGAGGUUUGGUCCUGUGUAGGGAGACCACAGCCAUGUCUAGUUACCUGCCACCCGUUUCACAACAGGGCGAUCGUCCUAGUGGGGGCAGGUGAUGAUGGAGACGAUGCCAGUGCGAUGACAGGAGCUCGUAGAGACGGUGGAGGUCGUGUAAGAGUUUACCUGCACGCAGUGACUGAUAAACAAGUUUCUUUCUUCACUGACAACAGAAACAAUCCCCCAUUCCAAGAGGUCAAGAAUGUGACAGGGGCUGAUGUAGAGUUUGACCAGAAUCCCUCCCCUGUACCAGGGAUGAAGAUUGUCCUCAUUCGUGGUCUUCCUUCUCAGAUCGAGGCUGCAGUCAGAUUCAUUAGUGAGAAGACGGGCGUUAGGGAGACCAUCUCAGAACAAGCCCAGAAAUUCUGGCUCCAGUUGGUUGAGGCCGCGUUCCCUGACCUCGACUCACGCGCCUACUUCCUGCCUCCUGUCUACGUCAACCGCGUGCCGAUGUCUAGACAGUCGGUUGGUGGUCAGGAUGUUCUGGUCCUUCAACCAGCACCUGUACAGGCCGGUCAGUCCAACCAGCUGGCGACAGCUUCAUCUGAUAUCCCUCAAGGCUUAAUUCUUCAGCCUCCUGCUGUUUAUGACAGUGAUAUCAGAGAUGAUGCAGCCAUGCAGCGAGUACUCAUCUGUCUACAGAGAAUGUUUGAGCAAAAGAAAGAAGCUGUGGUUGGAAUAAACCAGCUGAGGUUCGGACAGUACCUGGGUGAACCUUGUUACUUUGCUGCGACGGCUCAGUUGCCUCUUUCCAAAAGCUUACCUAAAGCUUCGUUAAGAGACAGACAGGGAGACUGACAUACUUCUUAUCCACAGAACCUACGGUCUUGUCGUCUGUGAAGUGAAGUCUUUUGGUGAAAACGUGAAUCACUAUGAUACGUCAAAUCAUGAGAUGUUACUCAACAUUAGGAAGAAACUUUCACUGGCUGUAAUAUCUUUAGACAAGGCGGAGGCCAUGUUGUCUCACCUGGUGUCCGACAUCGCUCCCGGUCUGCGCAUCACUAAGACCAUCGGCAUCCCAAAUCUCACAGCAGGUCAGGUACAACAGCCUUUAGAUGACGACCCCCAGCUGACUGAGGACCUGUGUCGGUGUCUAAAAACAUCAGACCCCGCCGAUGUCACAGGUCUGUGUCUGUGCUGUGAUCAGUUGUCUGACCCCAAGACCCCGUGUGAACGUCAGGUAGUCAUCGUGCUGAGGGAACUCGGACACUGGUGCAGCGACGUGUGGCUGGGGCUGGACCUGACAGUCACAUGACACCUGGGGUGUACAAGACACUGGUAGCCAGGUGAGUCCAUUUACCUGAUGUAAAGUAACAUUAAACUAUUUGUAAAAGCUGAAUAAUUACGCGUCAAUUAAAUCUUUCAAUCAGAGAUAAUUCUUGAUUAAAGGACAGUAAAGUGACACUAAUCAAGUUUGUUUUUGUUUUUUUUUUUCGUCUGAGGACCACUGUAGCUCCACCAGGAGAAGAAGAGUAGUGUAGAAGACUUGAAACUUGAAUUAUUUAAUGGCUGUCUCCACGUCUGUAGUUAAGAUGAUUAAUUUUUGUGAAAGUAUGUUGAUUGUUCUAGGUUCUGUGGUCCGGCGACAACAGUGAGUGUGCCAUGCACAUGUCCUCCACGUGUGAGUGUCAAGACCCUGGGUCAGGCCGUGUGGUGGACAGGAGAGUGCUAU